UCCACCGAAAUGCACACGAGUGCAUCCCUACCUCCGAGCUAAGUUCUUUUUUCAUCUCUAGUGUAGAUGGUUCACUCACAGAAUAACUAGUUGCGAUAGGUUUUAGUCAUUCCUCAUGCACUUAUCCCGAAUGAUCGACCUUCUGCGUUGUGUGGUAGUUAAGAUUCUCUGUCCUUGUUCCUGUUUGUGUGUCAUUUCCUUACCCGUGAGUUGCAAUUUUGGAGCAGGAUUGCACUGUCACCGGUAGUCCCAGCGCAGAUUGUAGCAGUGUUGGUUUCCUAGAAAAAUUACAAGGGUUUGAGGAUCCCUACGUGGGUUUUGGCGGAGAUGGGGAAUGUUAGGCGGAUUUCGAGCAGGCUUGUGCCUUCCUUUCGUUACGCGGCCUCUUGGAAUCGCAAGUCAUGUGUGUGUGAUGGAGCUUUCGCCGGUAGCCACCAGUUAUCAACUUUAGGAAGCAGUGCUGGGAGAUGGAAUGAAGAUGAGAAUUCCUCUAGCAGCACACAGGUCUUGAAUCACCAAGUUUCCCAGCAGAAAACCCUUCGCACCUUACUAUCCAGAAAUGUGGCAGCAAAUUGUGCAAGGGACAAGUGGAGAAGUCUGCACAGAUCAAAUUAUUACUCACCGACACGGCGAAAUGUUGAUGUGCCGCGAUGUCUUGUCCUAAAUGCAAGAUUGGACGGUUUUGACGACCGGACAAGGCCCAGGACUUGGUUGGGACAAAGAUACUUCAGUUCUGAUUCUGAAACCAAAAGAAAAGGUCUGCAGGAGAGUCAGAUUGGGCAGGAGCUUUUGUCUGCGGCUCAAGAAGGGUCUUCUACAGGGUUGUCUGGUGCUUCACAAGGCUUACAACUAGCAUCUGGGGAGGUUCUAUCGCCGGAGGAGGAGGCCGCUUUAAAACUAGCGGAGACAGAGUUUGAAAAUAGAAAAGCAGAGCAAGUGAGCGUGGAAAGCAUUCAGGAAAUGCUUAAAGAGUUGUCGUCUGUAGCAGACCCAAAAGAUCCUCGAAUCGCCAUUGUUUCCUUGAGACUAGGCCAGGAAUAUGAAGCAAGGGGUGAAAACCCAAAAACCUUCAUGAAACUAGGGGAACAAGCUCUCAGCAUUUUUAAGACAGCAGGAGAGUUCACUUUAGAGAUUGGAAUGUGCCAUCAUCUCAUUGCUCUAGCUCACCACAGACUGGGUCAAUAUGAAAAAAGCCUUGAAAAUCUGAACAAGGCGAUUUCGCUGCUCAAAGAUAAUGAAGGGAAAGAGAGUGGGCCAAUUAAAUUUGCUCUGCAGUUUCUGAUGGGAGACACUUUAUCAGCUCUAGGGAAACACGAUAUAGCCCUCAAGCAUUACAUUGAAGGUUUGGCUGUUCAAGAGACUAUCCUUGACGCAGGCCAUCCGCAAUUGGCCAGCAACUAUCGCCAGGUUGGUGAGGCAUUCACACAGGUUAUGAUGUUUGAGGAAGCAAAAGAUUUGGUUGAAAAAGCACUUAAGGCUCACAUCAAAAAUAAUGGCAAAGGCUCUAUAGAAGAAGCUAUUGAUCGACGCCUUCUCUCUGUUAUUUACAGUGGAUUGGAAGAGCACGAAAAAGCUCUGGAAGAACAACAAAAUGUGAGGUCUAUCUUAAAUGCGAGAGGUUUGGGAUCCGAAGCACGGUUUGUCGAGAUUGCCAUUGCCGACACUCAACUCACCUUGGGUAGGUUGGACGAUGCAAUUGCAACCCUUCAAGACGUUAUCUCCCAUUUGGAGGAAGGUAACUCAUUGAGGGAUCUUGCAACUGUGAAUCUAGCGAAGGCGUAUACACAGCAGGGAAACGAAGAGAAAGCUGCAGAACAUUCCAGGGCCGCGAGAAGCGUGCUCGACUCAAAGCUUCACCGUUUGAGUGGAGGGGACACAGAGCUUCUCACAGUUGGAGAAUGCUACACAGAAUUGGCCGCAAUUCAUCAGCGUAUGAAACGCCCUGAGGAAGCAGUAGAUCUUUUAAAGAAAGCUCUCUCCAUCUACAAGCAGUUGCCGCAGCAAAUGAAUGCUGCUGCAGGUUCACAAGCUCAAAUUGGUUUGCUCCUGUACUUCUCUGGUAAAGUAGAAGAGGCUAUUCCAUACAUGGAAGAAGCUGCCGCAAAUUUGAGACACAGUUAUGGGAACGACCAUUUCUCCCUUGCGCUUGUCCUAAAUCAUUUAGCUGUUGCUAAUGUUAAGCUGGAGAAUCGGGAGAAGGCGAUUGAGCUUUUUGAAGAGUCUAAAAGAAUCUUGACACAGACACAUGGACCUGGCCAGCAAGACACUCUUGCAGUUUAUUACAAUCUUAUGCAAGUCUAUGCUACUUUGGGAAGGAAGGAGAAAGCAAUUGAAAACGCAAAGCACAUUGUAGUGGAGUUGGAGAAGCAUGGUGAACCAGCAAAGGCGGCUCUAGCUGAGGCACAAAAAGACCUGGCAAGCCUCGAACAAUCUGAUAGCACUUCGUUACAAGAAAGUGGCCAACAGUUAUUAGAGACCAUGAAACUUCCAGGCAGUGAUUGAUGCCAUAUUAGAUAAUAAAAACUAGGAAUUAGCUGCUGCUGUUAUUUGCAACUUCUAUCGACCCAUAUUUGUCUGUAAUUCAAGCAUUCGAAUACUUAUGUGCUUUUCUAUGCCACGUUUAUCUUUGA